GAGAAUUGUGUGAAAUGGGGAGAGGAAAGAUUGAAAUCAAGAGAAUUGAGAACACCACAAAUCGUCAGGUAACAUUCUGUAAGAGGAGGAAUGGAUUACUGAAGAAAGCUUAUGAGUUAUCGAUCCUCUGUGAUGCUGAAGUAGCCCUAAUUGUAUUCUCAAGCCGCGGUCGCCUCUAUGAAUACUCUAAUAACAGCAUAAGAUCAACAAUAGAGAGGUACAAGAAGGUCUCUACAGAUCAUUCAAACACAACCUCUGUUGCAGAGGCAAAUGCUCAAUAUUAUCAACAAGAAGCUACAAAGCUGCGUCAGCAAAUACAGAUCUUGACGAACUCAAACAGACACUUGAUGGGUGAUUCCCUCAGUACUCUCACUGUCAAGGAGCUGAAACAGCUCGAGAACCGACUUGAACGAGGCAUGACACGCAUCAGAUCCAAGAAGCAUGAGCUACUGUUUGCUGAAAUUGAAUACAUGCAGAAAAGGGAAAUGGAACUUCAGAAUGACAAUAUGUAUCUGCGAGCUAAGAUAGCUGAGAACGAGCGUGCACAGCAAGAAAAUAUGGUGACAGCGCAAGAAUUCGAGCCAAUUCAAUCAUAUGAUUCCCGAAACUACUAUCAAGUGAAUAUGUUGGAGGGAGGGCCUGCUUAUUCUCAUCCUGAUCAGAGUCAGACAGCUCUCCAUCUGGGGUAGAUUUGAUGAAGUUACAUGUAUUCCAAUGGAUCAUCUAUGCAGCACCUGAACGUGAAGCUCUCUUCUACUUAUUCAAAUGUUCUCUCUGGUAGUGUCCCAAGAACAUAUUUUAAGUGAGAAAAGAAUACCUACCAUGAGUAUUAACAGCAAGAAGUAUUCACCUUAAAACUCAUACUAUGGAUUAGUAACCUUUUUCCUUUAUUACUUGGAUGUAAGUUCACUCCGUAUUUUAUGCUAUAUGUGUGCAGUUUUUAUCUUGUAAA